AUGGACACGUUCGUUCUCAAGUAUAAUGUUCAAUUGAACAUGGCCGAGCGCCUUUGGGCGUCUUGGUAUGUGUGGAUGCAGAACGACACCCUUGCUACGGGUAUCCUGAGCUUUGUCAUGCACGAGGUUGUUUACUUCGGCCGCGCUCUUCCUUGGAUCAUCAUUGGCAUGAUUCCUUAUUUCGAUAAGUGGAAGAUUCAGAACACCAAGACCCCGACCCUAUGGGAACAGGCUCACUGCGCUGGUGUCGUCCUUCUCAGCCAUUUCACCGUCGAACUCCCUCAGAUCUGGUUCUUCCACCCCGUCGCGCAUUUCUUCGGCAUGGACUUCAGUGUACCAUUCCCCGCUCUGGAAGAUGAUUUUCCAAAUCUGACGCUUCACUACGGCCCCCUCUAUAAGGCUAUUCACAAGCUUCACCACUACUACUCCGCUCCCUUCGGUCUUACCGCUGAAUACGCGUCGCCCAUCGAAACCAUGAUCCUCGGCCUCGGCACCAUCGCUCCCCCUGCUCUCUGGGUGUACUUCACGAACGAUUUCCAUCUCUUCACCAUGCGCAUCCUCCCUUUCUGGGCCGGUGCUGACCACCACGACCUCCAUCACGAGAAGUUCAUUGGCAACUACGCCUCUAGCUUCCGCUGGUGGGACAAGAUCUUGGAUACCGAGGCUACCCUUGAGGCCCGCAGGCGCCGCCGAGACAAGAAGCUUGCUGCCCUUCAUGCCAAGAAGGCCCAGUAA